UCCUCAAGCACCUUAAUUAUACUAAGGGAUUUUCGUUGCUUGAGAUAUUAAAGAUGGUUUCAAAGAGCAAUGCUUCACUAGUUCUCUUUCUAGCCCUUAAUCUUCUCUUUUUUGCCUUGGUGAGUGGGUGUGGGACUUGCGGCAGCCCAGCCCCUAAACCGACACCAAAACCAACGCCAAAACCAAGUAAACCUACCUGCCCUAAAGACACUUUGAAGCUAGGGGUGUGUGCUAAUCUUCUUGGUGGAUUAGUUGGAGUCCAAGUAGGUUCCCCACCAGUUAAGCCAUGUUGCACCCUCAUCCAAGGCCUUGCUGACAUUGAAGCUGCGGUUUGCUUAUGCACUGCCAUUAAAGCUAAUGUUUUGGGGAUCAAUCUUAAUGUGCCUGUUUCUCUCAGCUUGCUUCUUAAUGCUUGUGGCAAGAAAGUCCCAAGUGGCUUCAAAUGUGCCUAAGUUAACCAGGAUAUAUAUGUGAUCCAUGUCUCUUGAUGUUAUUGAAGUUUCAAUUUUCUUUACUAAGAGCUUAGUUCUUUAGGCUCAUGUGGUCAUGUCUCAUGCAUUACUUUCUUUCUAUUGAUGAAUAUACAUCAGAUUAUUAUAUGAAAUUCUGCUUUAUAUUUGUAACGGUUGGAGAAAUAAAGAUAUAGUUUGUGUUAUGU